AUUCGGCACAAUUUCAGUUCGGCAUGUUGAUCAUCAUAUCGUACUCAUAAGAAGUUCAAGAUGUACUUCAAAUACAACCGAAUGAAAUACACAAUUCAUCACCUCCCACAACGAUGAUCAAGACAUGACAACAACCUAUAAGUCAACAGAGUAUAUAUCUCGAUAUGGCCUUCCACGAUCUUCUCUGGCUUGUUUAGCAUGUCGAAAUGCAAAGAGUAAAUGCGAUGGACUGAUACCAAGUGUGAUCGCCACAAGACCAGACACAGCAAACCUUUCUGAAGAUGUUCGUGCAGAAGUAAAUUGUUCACGUUGUGCUAGAUUACACCUAGAAUGCAAGUGGAGACCAUGUCAAAGAAAUGGACGACCGGUCAAGAAGCGAAAACUGAUACCGGAAAACCAACCGCAGAGAAGCAGUGAUAAUGAAACGGAGAUCAACUCAAGCCAAGAUGAUGCAAUGCUGGAUAGCAUACUAUUUUCCGAUGAUUCUAUGAGGAUGAUCUCUAAUCUUCUCGAUAAUGAAUUCAUUCUACAUGAUCAGGACACGCUCCCCCUAUCGACUGAAUCACACCAAACGCAUUCACCCGCUGAACAAAUGGCAGAAAUACAAAAACGGAUACUAGAUGCAUCGUCUCCCGCAAAACAGUAUCAUCCAAUGCCAUUGUCACCCUCUACCGUAUCAACAAAUGACGCCUUGCACCAGGGUAUUUCACGCUUCUUCUCUGGCGUAGGUCUUGCACUGCCGCUUUUUGACAGUAAGGAGGAGCUACUAGAGGAAGCUGAAUACUGUGAUGCUUUACUGUAUACCGCCGCAACACUUGGGCAUGCACUUUACGAAGGUCAUGAAGGUCUGUCCUGCACAAAGAUGCGAAAAGAAGCAACACAAAAGAUUGACGCAAGUAUUUUCCUGGAGUGUUUGAUGUUUUCGCCUGAUCGACACAGAGGUAUCGUUCAUCUAUCAGCUUUGACUUUGAUGAUUUAUAUUGCUUACGCUAUGAACGAUACCAGUGGGCUGCAAAAAUACGUCGAACAAGCUCGCACAGCUGCAUUGACAUUAAAUUUGUACAGUUUGGGCAAUCAAAACAUGGAAAAUACUGAACUGGCAAGGAAAGUAUGGUGGGAGCUUUAUGUGAUUGACUGUAUCAUGGACGUGAUGACGAACGGCAAUAUCAAACGACAGUUUGAUGGCAUUCGAACAACGAUUCCAUUUCCAGGAGCAGCAAAAAACGACAAAGAAAUACAAUCUGUUUGGGAUCUUCGAGUUCGCAGCGUAUCAUUAUUGGCAGGCACGUUUACGAUGUUUGCCAGAUCAAAAGACGAAGAAAGGCUUUGGACAGCUGAUAAGAUUCAAGCAAAUAUCAUUGCCGAAGCGCAAGGAAUGCUUCUGUCAGCCAUGCAAGCUCGAAUGGCAGGAGAUACAGAUUGUAAGCUGAAUAGAAAGCUAACGAUUUUGUUUGAUUGUUUGAUGAUGUUGUACGCCGGUCGCGUGCAUUUGCAUCGUCUGUUCUGGUUUGAAGAUCUGAAUUUAAGCUUUGCUUCAUGCAGCUUUCAAAGAGAGAAGAUUAAUGAUCUAUCACAAAACACUCCGGCUCCUCUCGGAAUAGCGAAUGGAUCGUUAAUUGCAUCUAGCGUAGAGAAGAUCGUGCAAUCAUCCGAUUCAAUCCUACAUCUUAUGCAAAUGGAUACUGACGCCUUUUUCAAAUACAAUCUUGCUCAAAUGCAAUCUCGAUCCAAUUUGACGAACGAUCUAUUACCAAUCACAUCUUCUCAUUGGCCACCGAUCGGAUGUUGCCAAAUGGUGGCUUCUUUUGGUUUAGCGGUUCAUAUGGCAAGUAAAGGAGCAGAAGAUGAAUUACGUGCUCAACAAAGCGUUAGCAGUAUAGGAAUGGCAGAAGCUUCUCUUGGUAUUCUGACAAAGGUCUGGCCAAUAGCGGGAUAUUAUCGACAAGAAUUGCAUCAAUUUAGGCUCUUAAUCAGUCAAACUCUCUCCACAAAUGAGCUCUCCUAAAGUCAUGAAGAGGUAUCACCGAAUUAUAUUUACAAAAAAAACACCAAAUUAUAUUGCAAUCGUUGUUUUGAAAGCUGCCUUGCAAAUUGAAUCUUUUCCUAAUGUUCCCAUUCUAAUCUAUACCUUUGGCAAAUGUACCGUGGAAUCCAAUAGGAAAGACGCAAUCCAAUUUUGCGCUUACAAUCUGUUUCAUUGUUUUUGCAUC